GAUCAGGCGGACGAUAAAGAUGUUGAGGUGGAAGUUAAAGAGAAUGUUGAGGCGGAGGUUCAAGAGGAUGUUGAGCUGGAGAUUGAUCAAGUAGAGGUAGGUACAGUGUUAUUAAAAAGAACACUUUUGACGUGAGCUUUCAAUUAGAAAAUAAUUGUGAAAGCUUAUUUUUCUUUUCUUUUCUUCUUUUUUUUCUUUUUUAGACAAAUGAACAAUGUGCAACAUGCAAUACCCUCAAAAGUGAAAUAAGUCAAUUGAAAGGAAAAGUCACUAGGCUGAACAGAAAACUGACCACCAACCAGGAUCAUUGGGUGAAAACAUUCAAACAAAUUCAUGGACAAAAUAGGCUGCUGAUGGUUGAUAAAGGUAAGACUGCUUAGCUGUUACAAUAAUAUUAGGUAGUGUUUUUGAAAACAAGUGACAACAUUGUGGAUUACCAAUAACCAUUUCAAGUCUACAAUAAUGUUUCAAGCUUAUAAAGUAUAUAUAAAUACUCAGGAAACUUUCUCUUCAAUUGCACAGUAAGAUUAACAACAAUCAUCAUUAGAUAGUUUUACCAACAAUUUUUUUUUAAGUUGAGGUAGUAGUAAUUUCCUGUUAUUAUGAUUCAGCUGUCCAAACUGACCCAGAAGUGGUUGCUGACAAUGCCGAGUGUGAAGAGGAAACUGAGGAGGAUAUGGAGUUAAAUGAUGAAGAUGAGGAAGACAACAGCAACGAUGAUGAGGACCCCACAUGGACCCCUGAGGAGAUUGACUGGGAGUACCAAAAACUGAAAAACGAAGAUGACAGUGAAAAGACUCAUGACAACCCAAGGUUAACAAAUAAUACUGUUCUUUCACUUUGUUAUACUGAGUGGUGCCCAGAACUAUUAUAAAAACUAAUUUAAAGGCAAGAUUUAAAAUGGUCAACAACAAUAAGUGUAAUAAUCCUUUCAUUAGUCUUCUCUAUUUACUAUCUUUUUUAGACUUGACCUAAAAGGCAAAAAUGUACGGGAGGAGCCAAAGGGAAUAUAGUCUUUCUCUCAAAAUUGAUGCUGCUGUUCGAGUUCUGUCACCUGUGCCUCUUCCCAAACCCUAAGGUGGCUGUUACCCAGACUGGAGCAAUGCUGAGCAUUGUAACUGAGUGCAGCAAGUGUGGUGAGACAUACACCUGGAAAAGCCAACCUGAUCUGAUGGGGAGGUUUCCAGCUGGAAAUCUGUUGCUGAGUUUUGCUGUUCUGUGUGCUGGAGCCUCCAUCAGAAAGGUGCUCUUGGUGUUUUGGCACAUGAGUGUGUUGGCUUUUCAUGAGCCGACGUACUACUAUCACCAGAGACAUCUCCUCAUACCAUCUAUUGUGGCAUUCUGGAAAAAAUAUCAAAGCAGAUUAUUGGAACAGUUGAGAUACAAAGAGGUGGUAUUGGCUGGAGAUGGACGUCACGAUAGUAUGGGCCACUCAGCCAAAUACGGCACUUACACAAUGUUCUGUUGUACUAUAGGACUCAUCAUCCAUACAGUCCUUGUGCAAGUAUGUAUGUUACUUUGCCUUCCAUUCGUUUGAUCGACACUUAUGGUCAAUUCGAUAUUUGGACAUCAAAUUUUACCCCACUAUGUGAAUUGGAUAUUUUGUUGCUGUUUCAAAAAACUGCAUUUUCAUGUAUUUGCCUUGGAUAGUUUUAUAUAAUUUUCUUCCUUAAACAUUUAAAAUUGGAGUUUUUAAUCUUGACAAUUGUAGAAUUUUGAUUGCUUUCUUGUCAAUUUCAUCUACCCAAGGUUAAAAUGUCUAUGAUAACUGUGCAAUGCCUUACAUGAUUAUAUGCUAAAAAAUUCUACAAUCAACCUGGGGAUAUUUUUAGUGUUUGAUCUUGACCAUUGUUUAGAUGGCAUGUUUUUUCUCCUUUAAUACUUUCAAGCUAACCAGGCGGGUAACAGUUCAGGUAUGGAGUUUCUGGCAUUCCAAAAGGCUUUUACAUUCCUUCUGGGGACUGGGAUGAUCAUCAAAUCAUUUAUAUCAGACCGCCAUACGUCAAUCGCAAAAUGGAUGAGGGAAGACUGUGCUGCAAAGUGUAAUGAGCUGGGAAAACCAGUUGUGAAACAUUUCUUCGACUUGUGGCAUAUUGCAAAAAGUAAGCAUUCUUUAUACUGAAUCAAUGACCACAUGCCAGUAAACAGAAAAAAAAAUGUAUCUCUUAUCAUCCAAUUGCUAUGAACAGUUUGAUUAUUACUGGUUAAUUUUUCUUGUAGGCUGUGGACUUACAAUAAAAAAAUUCUUUGUUUUAGAGUCUUAUGGGUGGACAUUUUCUUUUCUAAAUAAAGCAAAUAACAAAUCAGAAACUUGCUGAGAAUACUCCUAUAUAUGUUCUAAGUCAAAAUUAAAUUCAGGUUAAUAUUUUUACCUAGGUUGAUUCACAUGUCCUUUGUCUCCUAGCCCAAAUAAUAAUAUUAUUCAUGAAUUAGGGCUAGGAGACCAGGGAAACUGGGAUUCAGCCUGGGUAAUAAAUUUUAACCUGAAAACAAUUUCGACCAGUAAUGUACGUAUCUUUCAGAAAUUCAGAAGGUGCUGACACAACUCAGUAAGGAAAAGGGAUGUGAAAUUAUUGGAAGAUGGCGGAAAGCCUGUGUACGUCACUUUUACUGGGCAGUCACCUCAACUCAAGAGCAUCUUGGAGAACUUAAACUGGCAAAAUUCCAGGCAUUUCUGUCUCAUGUGAUCAACAAACACAGAAAUUUGCCCAAUCGGCUAUUCAAUGCUUGUGCCCGUGGUGAAAUUGCUACCCCUCGUGUUUGGAUGAGGAAAGGUACAAAAACAUGUUGCAAUGUACUGUUGUUAUGUUAUUCCUAAAACAAACCAAUCAAAACCUGUUUUCGGUACUGGCACUGCAAGUAACUACUAUAUUCAUUUUAUCUUAUGUUUUAGCAUCAGAGGCAUAUGAGAAGCUAUGCACUGAACUAGGAAAGAAAAGCCUCAUCAAGGCUAUCAAACAGGCAUCUUCUGUAGAGCAGACAAGUGCCCUUGAGGGUUAUCAUUCAGUAGUGAAUCAGUUUGCCCCAAAGAUGUUUGCUUUCUCUUAUCUUGGAUUACUUAGCAGGUACAAGUGCAUAAAUAUUUGUUAUAUUGUCAUGGUGUAACUGACUUAUAAUUCACAUUCCUAGUAAUGAGAUAUCUGAUCAUACUGGACUUUACUCUGUUUCUCUCUCUUUUAUUUUACAGAACAAUACUAGCGGCACUGCAUUUUAAUUAUAAUCUGAAUAGAGACAGCAAAACUGAUGGUCAAGGGAGGCCUGUGCUUUAUGUGACUUACCCUAAAUUCAAGGAAGGAGAGGCUGCAGUUAGGGAAGCUAAAGUCUCAGCAAAUUAUGGUAGUUAUUGAUCAGUCUCUACAUGAAUAAGUUCAAUCAGACUCUCUCUAUUAGGGAAUUUGCAUUAUAUGCUUGUUUGUUUUUUUUUGUUAGAUUAUGUUGCAGAUAUCUUUGAAACUCUAACCACUACCUCAAAGGCAGACCUGAAGUCAAUGGCAGGAGAACUUAAGGAUGAAGUUCCUGAACCUCUGCGUACAAUGUUGGCUGAAAAGGAAAGUAGGGAGGAGGCCAUAGCUAAAUACAGACAGAGACAAGAGAAAGUGACAACAGUUUGUCCUCCAACUUGUUCAGGUAUGAGUUCAAAACAUGAAAACUAAAAAAAUGGCAUUAGGGAAAAGAAAACAUGACUCACUUCUACUGUAUCUCUACGUAUACAUGUAGGAACAGAACUGAGAUUAAACGAAUAAGUUUCUAAUAUUUCUGCAUUGUCUUUGAUUUGCUGUGACAGAGGAAGAACUUCAUCCACCAAAUGAGAGGGCAGUAACACGCAGAAGAGCUCCCCAUUGUUCAAAAUGCGGAAAACCACGACGAGGCCAUAAAAGGGGACAAUGUUAA